AUGGGUUCAAAUUUCCACAGCUUAGCUCUACAUCUUGGUAUCACUCCUGAGAAGCCUUGGUUCACCCAUAAUAACAAAGUCUACUUUUUGAUGUUUGAUCCCCCACAUUUAAUUAAGUGCAUACGAAAUAACCUCAUGAAAUACAUAUUUAAGUUCGGAAAUCUUGUUGCAAGCUGGAAAGAUAUUGAAGCAUUUUAUAACAAAGAUAAGGAACUUCCAAUUAGAUCUGCACACAAACUCACAGACAAGCAUAUCCACCCAAAUAACUUUAACAAAAUGAAAGUUAAGUAUGCCACACAGGUCUUGAGUCACACAGUCGCAGCUUCACUAUGCACAUACAUUAGUUUAGGUGUAUUACCAACAAGUGCAAUGGGUACAGCAGAAUUAUUAUUAAAAUUUGACACCUUAUUUGACAGUGUCAACAGUUCCAAACUUCAUUCACCUAAGAAACUUAAGACACCCAUCACUGAAACAUCCAAUCAUGUUAAUUUCUUUAAUGAAGCCAUUGAUUUCAUCGCAAGUUUAAAAGUAUUUGAAGGCAACAAAGAAGUAACAGGUAGAAUCAAGUGCAUUAAAGGAUGGCUUAUCACUAUAAAUGCAAUCAUUUCAAUCUGGAAACAUCUUCAACACAAUCAUAAUUUCAAAUUCUUAUUCACACGUAGGUUAAAUACAGAUCCUAUAGAAAAUUUUUUUGGGACAAUUAGGCAGCAAGGAGGGAAUAGCGAUAACCCCACACCAACACAGUUCAUAAGAGCCUUCAGAAAACUUCUCUUUAGCUCCCUUUUCACCUGCGACUCUGGAAACUGUGCAGAAGAUUUGGAUGUACUUCUAUCUCAGUUCUCAAGCAAGUCCAAGAAACCUGUUCUAGUCAGGAUAAAUCAACAACCACAAACACUGGUACUUGGAGAAACAGAUUACAAAGAGAAUGAAGUAAUCUCCAGUAUGGUACAACAAAAUGCUGUGGCAUAUGUAGCUGGAUAUCUACUUAAGAAAUGUUUCCGUGUCCAUGAUUGUUCCUCGUGUAAAGAUAGCAUGACAUCCAAGGAUCUUGAAUCUGACUCAUUGCUGUUCUGUCAUUUCAAGAACUACAGAGAUGAUACUAGCUCUUCAGGACUGAUACUACCAUCACAGCCCUUCCUUGACUUUGUUCUGCACCUGGAAGACAUGUUUGUCCAACAAUUUUCUAUCUAUACCACAUCCACAUUAGUUGGUGCUCAUUUGCUGAAAAGCCUACAAAGUGUGCCUGUUGCGUUCAAGUUCUGCCAAGAAUUCCCAAAAGAUUAUAUGUUGAAGUUAUUCCUCAGGAUGAGAAUUUACUACACAAUUAAAUUUGAAAACAGAAAACUGGCAUCUCCAUCUAAAAGAAAGAGCAAAAAGUACAUUAAAGUUGUACACUUGUAA